CUUUUUUUUUGGUAGAACCCGCAGGAAUCCCUUGUCUUGUGCAUAACUCAUUUCUUUCUUCUUCUUCUCCAGCGAGAGAAAUAUAUACAACCGAAACGCUUGUAAAUUGUUGGGUAUAUAAAUGAAUCAUGUAAAUUGAGAAGUAAUACUAAUUCUUCUAAAAACUGUUAAUUCAAGAAGAAGAAGAAGAGAUAAUGUCUGAUAUUGACAAAUCCUACUCCUAGCUUCUUCUAACAACCCAGGCUUACUACAGACUGUUUGGUUUUUCCAGGGUGGGAAAUUUCUUUCCGAAUCACAUUGCUUAAUAAAGAGAUGGAGGGGGUGUCUGUUUCUUCAGCUAAUGAUGUGACAAUAGCGGCAGUUUUUGCUGAUAAAGCUGUCACCAAGGAAACAAGGGUGGAAUCUGGUGAAUUGCAUGGAAAUGCAGAGAGUGAGCCGAAAAUUGGGUUGACGUUUGAUGGGAUAGAAGAAAUGUUUGAAUGCUAUAAGAAUUAUGGAAAACGUAUGGGAUUUUCAGUGAAGAAGAAAUCAAACAGGAAGAAUGUAGAAGGGAAUCUUAGAAGUGUGACAUUUUGCUGUGCUCGAGAAGGGACUCCUAAAACUACAGCUCGAAACCCCUUGAGACCCCAUGUGAGCAUGCGGAGUGGGUGCAAGGCUAGAUUAUCAGCAAGGUUAAAUAUGGUUGGAGGAUGGGAGAUUUCUGUACUCGCUCUUGAGCAUAAUCAUGAGUUAAACCCUAACAUAUCUCGGUUCGUGCAAUACCAUAGGAAACCCAAACGCAAGGAUAGAGGAGGGGACAAGAUUUCUACUUCAUCUGUGAAUGAGGCUGGUGGAAACGAAAAGGACAGUGGAAAUAUGAUUGAGCAAUUAAGACGUCUACAACUCUUCAAAGGAGAUGCACAAGCACUUAUGACAUUUUUUUCAAAGAUGGUUGCAGAAAACACAGGUUUCUACUUUGAUGUAGAAUUAAACCAUGAAGAUCGUCCGAAAAAUGUAUUUUGGGCAGAUGGUAGAAGUCGAGAAGUCUACAAGGAGUUUGGUGAAGUUGUAAUGUUUGACACCACAUGUUUAGCAAACAAGUAUGACUUACCAUUCAUAUCCUUUGUCGGGGUGAAUCACCAUGGUCAGUCACUCUUACUUGGGUGUGGAUUGAUUUCAAAUGAAGAUGCACAAACUUUUGUUUGGAUAUUUAGUAAGUGGCUUCAAUGCAUGUCUGGGUGUGCUCCUCAAGGAAUAGUAACUGACCAAGACAGUGCAAUGCAGAAUGCGAUUGAGAUAGUUUUUCCUCAAACAAAGCACAGGUGGUGUCUGUGGCAUGUAAUGAAGAAGCUUCUUGACAAGUUAGGCAAGUUCGCAGAGCAUCAAGCUAUUUCUGUUGCUUUGAAAGAUGCAGUCUUUGAUACACAAAGCCAGGAUGAUUUUGAACAACGUUGGAAUGAGGUGGUGGGCAAGUACGGAUUGGAAGAGUGCAACUGGCUGAGUGAAUUAUACAACCAGAGGCAUCUCUGGGUACCGCGUUUUGUAAAAAACACAUUUUGGGCAGGGAUGUCCACCGCUCAGCAAAAUGAAAGCAUGAAGCCAUUCUUUGAUGGAUGCAUCCAGUCAAAGACAACCUUGAAGGAAUUGGUAGAACAGUAUGAAUCUGCACUAAGGAAGAAGGUGGUAAAAGAGAUGAAGGAUGACGCCGAGUCAUUUUCGAAAUUGAUACCCACUGUGACUUCAUAUCCAAUAGAGAAGCAAGUUCAAGGAGUUUACACCAUUUCAAAAUUUAAGGAGUUUCAAGUUGAAGUGAUCGGGAAGAUGUAUUGUGAUUUUUUGCAGAUUGAGGAGGGGCCCAUGGUUAAGAGAUAUGUCAUACGGGAGGAUGUGUGGCUAGAGGAUUUUAAUAAACGGAUGACCUUUACCGUUUCAUUUGAUGAACGUGAUUGUGCUGUUCACUGCAGUUGUCAAAUGUUUGAGUUUCAAGGCAUACUUUGUAGGCAUGCAGUUAAUGUACUAAUCCAUAAUGAUGUACGGUUGCUUCCAGAUAAGUACAUCCUAAGGAGAUGGAGAAAGGAUGUGAAGAGAUCCUACUCAAAAGUUAAAGUGAGUUAUAAUUGUUUGGAGAAUGACAUUGAAAGUGUGCGUCGUAAUGAGCUUUCCUCAAACUUUAGCAAGAUUGCGGAGUGGGGAACAGCGAAUGAUGAACAGUAUAGUCAUAUUAAACAGUGGUUAGCUUAUCUAGAGAAUGAACUUAAACUUGGUGGUGGGAGUACGUGAGUGUGUUAAAUGGAGCCAAUCAAACAAUGGCUGAUUUUUUUUUUUUUGUAAUUGAAAGAAACUUUUGAUAUAAGAUCUACUGAACAGUUAAUUGUUACUAAGCUUAUUUUGCAUACAAGGGUAGCUCUGAUAGCAGUUGUUGUUACGGGGUGGUUUGUGUUUGUAUGCUAAUCCUGAAAUGUUGAAUGAUGUGAUUGCCUUU